UCAUGAGAGAGCCUGGCCCUCGUCAUCCUCCUCUUCCUCAGCAUCCUUCCUUCCUCCCGCCCCCCUGCCCGCUCCGCCCCGCCUCUCCCCCCGGCUACGUCGAGAGCCGGGCCCCCGCCGCGAUUCGCCGCCCUCCGCGCUGACCCCGCGCAUCCCAGCCGCGGGCAGGGGGUCACCGGGAGGCCGGGGCGCGCAGAGCCCGGCCCCGCCAGCUUCCGAGCAAGCAGCCCCCCUUAAAUACCUCCGCACCCGCCUCCGCGAGCCGCAGAGCUCGCCGAGCGAGGAGCCGACCAGAGCCAGCCUCUCGCCGGAGCCGGGAACCUGCGCGCCCGCGUACCGCCGCCGAGGAGCAGAGACAGGGCCGCCCCAUGCCUGCGCACUUGCUGCAAGAGGAGGAGUUCUCCUCCACCUCCAGCACCACUGCUGGUGGCACAGUCACCUCCCGGGUGACCAGGAAUGGAAAUGCCGUCAUGGAGAAGGACUUACUCAAUCAUGAGGACUUGGCAGGAGACCGGGGCAUGAUAGACGAUAUCUUUGAUGAGACCUACCAGGAGAAAGAGGGCCCCAAGCCCCCGCUGCGAUACGUCUGGAGGAAUAUCAUCCUCAUGAGCCUGCUGCACCUAGGGGCCCUGUUUGCGCUGACGCUGAUACCUUCUGCAAAGAUCCAGACACUGGCCUGGGCUCUUCUGUGUUUCGUGGUGAGUGCUCUGGGGAUCACAGCUGGAUCUCACCGCCUCUGGAGUCAUCGCUCCUACAAAGCCACACUGCCCCUGCGCAUCUUCCUGACUAUUGCCAACUCCAUGGCCUUCCAGAAUGACAUCUACGAGUGGGUCCGGGACCACCGUGUCCAUCACAAGUUCUCCGAAACAGAUGCAGACCCACACAACGCCAUGCGGGGCUUCUUCUUCUCCCACAUCGGCUGGCUGCUCGUGCGCAAGCACCCCGAUGUCAUCGAGAAGGGACAGAAGCUGGACCUGAGUGACAUCAAGGCUGACAAAGUGGUGAUGUUCCAGCGCAGAUACUACAAGCCUUCAGUGGUGUUGCUGUGCUUCACACUGCCAGCUGUAGUGCCCUGGUACUUCUGGGAUGAAUCCAUCAUCAUCAGCUUCUUCAUUCCGGCCAUCCUGCGCUACACCAUAGGGCUCAAUGCCACUUGGCUAGUGAACAGCGCUGCUCACAUGUUUGGCAACCGGCCGUAUGACCAGAACAUCAACCCACGGGAGAACCCCUUGGUCAGCCUGGGGGCCCUAGGAGAAGGCUUCCACAACUACCACCACACCUUCCCCUAUGACUACUCCACCAGUGAGUUUGGCUGGCGCUUCAACUUAACCACAGCCUUCAUUGACCUCAUGUGCCUCCUGGGGCUGGCCAGUGAUCGCAAGAAGGUCUCCAAGGAGGUCAUCCUGGCUCGGAAAAUGCGGACUGGAGAUGGAAGUCACAAGAGUGGCUGAGUUCCUGCUCAAUUUCACACACACAUCCACACCUCUCCUUCCUCCUUUUUUCUCCCUUUCUCCCUUCUCACCCCCUCCAGACACGCUGGACAAAAGUUUAAUGUUCUGUUAACUAACUACUGAAUAAUGCUACCAGUUUGCUUAAGAUAAUGAUAAUGAGUUUUAACGCCCCCGUCCCACGCUGCAUUUUGCGUGAUGUAUUUAAGAUCUAGGAGUCUGCUGUUAUAACACAAGGCCACUCUUUCCCUCCUCUCCCUUCCCUUUUUGUUUUCCUCUCCAGCCUCUCUAACCUGUCUCCUGCUUUACAUUUUCCCAGUCUCUACCUGGAAGAGAAGCUGGUAGGAAGUGGCCUGGGGAGGCCCAUUGCAGUUGGCUAUGUACUAUGUAGUUAAGGGAAGCCUGAACCAGCCAGAUGGAGAGUUGAGCCAAAGUCAGUGAUCCUCUCCCCACUACCUUCCCCCCAAAGUUUCUGCCACUGUCCCUUCUCUUUUCUCAAGGGCUGCUGACGGACAUGACAUGGCUAAACUGCUCUGCCUGGGAAAAGCAGCCCCAUCCCUUGCUCUUGCCAUCAGAAAGAAGAGUUGUUUCUUUCCAAGAUGUCUCUUGGGAAGUGUUCUCCACUGCUCCUCACCAUGCAGCCACUCUGGCUGGGGAGAGGAGUGCCCAGACUCUCUCAGAACCCCAGGUCUACCACUGGCCAGGGGAUGCAGUAACAGCAGUGGGCACUGGGAGAGGGAGUGCUGGUGGCCUUAAUUUGCACUCCCUCUGGUGUCACAGCCUCCCUCCUUGCACUGCCCUCUGUGCCAUGAGGGACUGAAGGCGGAGCAUGACUCUGAGCUCCACAGCUGUUUUAGAGAGCCACAGUGAGGAGGAGGACAGAUGGAAGGGUGUGCCACUGGCUGCCAAGGGGCAGGACCAGCCCAUAGUGAGUUUUGUUCACCUCCACCACUGAGAUUUUUGCUGGCAAAUAGGACUUUGCCAAAAUGGAGAGGAGGAGAAGGAUGUAAACCAAAGCUCCACCUCUGAGCUAAGCUGCUUUAUGUGCUGGAAAAACAGGGUCCCUUCUGGGUGGCAGGCAGAUCCACAUCUUUGCUGAGCACAGAGACAGGACAAGGGAGCACCUGGAGGUGUAGGGAGGAGUGAAGGUGUCUGCAGGACCAGGUAUUUUCAUCCUCGGGGGCUCCACUCAACAAGUGCCUGAGAAACAUCAAUGUGGGGCCAGGUGGUACAGGGGGCUCGAGGAAGUUGAGACCUCGAGGUGAGACACUGCCACCAGCGUGAGCUACCUCUGUGCUUUCUUGCCCAGGGUCUGCUGUGUUGGUUUGCCAUUCCCUGCUGCCCAGAGAAAGUGGGAAGGAGAGGCAAAACCAGCUCCUUGUUAGUCCCUUAGCUUGCCUCCCAGCCCCCUCGGCGAGCCAUCUCACCACUUUGCUCCUUUGCCAGUGAGACAGGCAGCGAGGGCGGCUGAGCCUGCAGAAAGGUCAGUUACAUCACUGAGCCGAUGUGGGCAUGCAGCUGGAGGGCGCUGGGGAAAGAGUCCGUGUGGGUGUUGUUUCCUGCAAGUUGCAGAGACCAUUUUGAAUUCAGGCAGUCGGUUACAUUCUGGAUGUUACGGCAUCAUGCCCCUCACUGAGCUGAACGUGCUUUUUCCCCCUUAAUUCUCCUAGUUAUUAUUCAUUUUAUUACUAUUAUUGUUAUUAGUUGUAGCAAUAGUACUGUUUUUGUUGCUUCAAUGCAUCAAUCGGAGCUGGAGGAAAGCACAAGAGGUAGCUGGAACAAAGUGAUAUUGGAGUGGGGUUUGCAGCGUCUCCUUUAUUCAGGCAGGCCAGGGAAGGCAGAGACAGUGCAGAUGCCAACUUCCUCACCUCAGCUCUGCCACGUCGCAGCCAGGGAAGCUUCACGGGAGCGAGUGUCGGCAGCUUUGCUUCCUCCUGCUGCAGUGAAACUCGCCAGGAGCCAGGAUAGCUCUGUGAUGUUCUCCUUAACAAGAACAAGCUUGUUACUCGGAAAAUGAGUCUGUCUCCUCACCUUCCCCUCCCUGCCACCACCAUGACCUUGUUUUUGCUCAGCAAUGGGACCCUUUGAGUUUUUGAGCCAUUAGGAGUGAUGUGGUCUCCAGCCAAAAGGAACAAGGACAAAUGGAGAAGAGAGUCCUUGAGCUCCUGGUUUCAGGAGACAGUGUCCUUACUGCUCUGAGGCUGUUGACUGCCUGGGUGCUGGCUGGAGCAAAGGGAGUUGUGGCUAGAGCUGUAUCCUACCAUUUGAAAAAAAACCAAAAAGACCUGCAAAAAAAGAGAAACACUGUUAGCUCUGUAAUUGUGGGCUGACUUUGCUCUAGUGUAAACCCCUCUGAACUCAUGGAAGUCCCCAGAGAGGAUGAAUUUGCUCCAGCCAGUAAUUUGAAAGGGGUGAGGGGAGGGGAGAAGGGAAGAAUGAUUUCCUUGCUCCUGGUGCCCUAAAGGUGUACUGUGACAUACUCUACAGUAGAGAUGCAUGCUAUGAAAUGCAGCAGUAUUUCACAUCCUCUCAGCAGAGAAGCUGGGCUUGACAUCAAGGGUUCCUUUCAAAUUUCAAGUGCUGAUUCAGGUCCAGAAUCUGGAAUGAGAGUGGAAGUUGAGGAGCAGUAACCAAACAGUCCUGGUGUUUGCCCAGUCACUUUAAAGGUAGAUUGGCAAAUAUCUCUGGGUGCCUUAAAUCUUUCUUUAAUAUACAUAGAAGUAUUGACAGCUAUUUGCCGUUUUUUUUUUUUUUCUGAGUCAUGAACAUUCAAGGGGUUUCUUAAUUAUUUAAUUGCCUACAUUGAACUGUGGGUGCAGGUGAUUUUGAAUGUAUUUGAGUUAGAAUUUUUGUUAGAUUAAGAAACAGAUAGAACACUUUAAGUAGAACUUUGUUUGAGAUAUAUAUAUAUAUAUAUAUAUACCUAUAAAUAUAUAUAUAUUUUUGGUGGCAUGUUUGUGUCCUGGACGCAUCGUCUGUAUGUUUAGCUUAAAUGAGUCUGUGAAAGGUGGAAGCAGAAAAAGCAGCAGUGGGACCUCAUGGCUGAAGCAGCUGGGACCCGUUCCCAGCUCACCAACUCACUCGCUGCGUGAUUUGGGACAAAGUCAUUUAAAAACACUCUGUGCCUCAGUUUCCCUAUCUGUAACAGGACGUUAUACCCUGCCUCCCAGAGGUGUGGGUGAGGCUCGCUGCCGACCAGCCGAGCACAGGAAGGAACAGUACGAACCACACACACCGCUGCUGGCAGAAGCAUGGACUAGUUUGUUUUCCAAAACCGUUCCCAGCCCUGCUGGUAUUGUGAAGAGCAGAAGUCUUAAGUGUUGAGUGUUCAGGGAAGGAUUGGAAAGUUGAAUCUGCACAUUGUCUAAGCUCUGUCACUGUUGAAAUGUGAGUAGGAUACAAUUUUUCACAGCUUAGGGAUUUCUGCAUAGUAGUAUCUCUGUUUUGUGUACUGGAAAAAAAAACAAACCUUUUUGAAAUAAUUUCUACUAAUAUGGAAACAGACGUCUGGUUGUGCUGAUCUGAAAUUUUAUUUGUUCAUAAUAAAAAUGAUAAAUGUUACUUUAAAA